ACCUGGUGCCACCACAAAACCCGCUACAGAGCGGCAGGUUCUGAAUGGGUCUGGAUAGCUGUUUGUGUUUACUUCAACUGUUCGUAAUUAUAGAGUAUUAAAAAUCAAUUUUAAUUAUGGAUCCCGAGUUCCCUGAUCCGGACGAAGAAUUUGAUUUAGAUCACGAAGACGAGUAUGAAGUUUUGAGAGAAAUAGAAGAACUGGAAAGAAAAAAACUCGCACAAUCUCAUGAUAAAGCUGAAGACAGUAAAGAAUCGAAUGCACCAAAACCCAGUGGAUCUGAGGAAUUCAAUGCAUCUCCUUUUAAUGUAUAUAAAGAAUUAAAUAAAUCUACGCCUAGUACACACAUAGAAUUAAAUACUCCUGUGUCUAAUAAAUAUGACUAUGGAAAUAUUCCAAGCACUAGUAAAGGAAUUGAACAUAGCCAUAACUCUGAAGUAGACAACACAAAAAAACGGACUUACGAUGAACUGUUUGGGGAUAUUUCAGAUUUAUUAGAUGUAAACGGUUUUGUUGAUACUGCAGAACCAAAAGACAAAAAACCACGAUGGGAUUGUCCUGACGAUAUUAUUAAAACAGUAUUAGAUGCCAGAGAUAGAUUCCAUGAACAGAAUAAUGGAGUUUCUAUUAAAAACAAACAUUUUGAAGAGAAGAAAGAUUCGAUAUCUUUGCGAGUUCCGCGUUGGAAUUUUGUAGCUGUAACUAGGCCACAUGAUGCGCAGCGUAUAUAUAUUAGAAUGCAGAAUGACAAAGACUACACUGCAAAAACGAAUACACAAUCAUUUUCCAAUCUAUUAUCUGUACCUUAUAAUCAACUGAAGGUUGAAGCUGAAGAAAUUAUGAUACAAAAUGGUAAACGUGCCAGUCGUGAAAAUUCUGAUCCGUCUGCGCCGGAACUCGUGCAGAAUAACGUUGGUGAGCUAUGGGUCGAUAAGUAUCGGCCUAGAUCUUACCUAGAAUUACUCUCGGAUGAAAGCGUUAAUAGGAAUUUAUUACACUGGAUAAAACUGUGGGAUAAGGUGGUGUUUAACCGAAAUUAUGUCCAAAGUAAAAAAAAAAAAAAUUAUUCAACAUUUAAAAAUAAAAGAUUUAUGAGUGAAAAAUUUACAACUGAAAAAGAUAUCGAAGAAGUAGAUGGCAAAGGUUUUCCAAUCCAGAGAAUAGUAUUGCUUAGCGGGCCGCCUGGAUUAGGAAAAACUACAUUAGCUCAUUUAGCAGCUAAGCAUGCUGGUUAUAACGUGGUUGAAAUCAAUGCAAGCGACGAAAGAAGUCCAGACGCUUUCAGACAAGUCCUGCUUGCAUCAACGCAAAUGAAAGCUGUAAUGGGCAGUGACCCACGGCCGAAUUGUCUAAUUUUAGAUGAAAUUGAUGGUGCACCAGCAGCAUCAAUCGACCUCUUGCUCAAAUUUGUACAGGGUAAACUAAUUCCAAAAGGAAAAAAGGAUAAGGGAAAAGGUAAUAAACAAGCAAAUACUUGUCAUCGUCCUGUUAUAUGCAUUUGUAACGAACCAUAUACUCCUUCUCUAAGAGCUCUUAGAAUGGCUGCACUCAUUAUACCGGUACCAGAAGUAAGUCCUGCAAGAUUAGCAGAUAGAUUAAUGGAAAUAUCGCAAAAGGAAAAUUUAAAAGUAAAUGCUGAUGCUCUCUUAAGAUUAGCAGAAAUAUCCGGUUGCGACGUUAGGUCAUGUUUGGGUGCACUGCAAUAUAUGGGUGGUGCCAAUUUAGGAGAUAAUUUAUCGUUUGCAUUAAAAGACACCCGUAAAGGAUUAUUUGAUUCUUGGAAACAAAUAUUCACGAUACCUAUGAACAGAAGCGGAAUACUUCCUAUCCCUGAAAGAGUUCGUAUGGUACUGAAAACUGUACAACAUGGCGAAUCGGAAAAAUUAGCACAAGGCAUAUUCCAUAACUAUCCGGAAAUUUGUAAUGAAAAGUUGAAUUACAUCAUUUUUUCUUUAGAAUGGUUUCAAUUUUUUGACGAAAUUUUAUCAUUCGUUGCAAGUUUUAAUGUUUGGUCUGUCAUGCCUUAUACGAAUUACGCAUUUAUCGCAUGGCACUUAAAUUUUGCCAAAGCAAAACACGCUAAGCUAUCGUAUCCCACCAUUACAUUUGAAAUAAGACAAAAACAAGAAAGAAGCAGAGGAAUUCUAACAGCUAUUCAUCGAAGUAGCGGUCGCGACACUAUAACGUUGACUGUCGAUAUUGCUCCAUUUCUACCAGACCUUUUGUCUCCGCGGUUGCGAACAGUUUCUGGACACUUACAUUCUGCUAAAGAAAGAGACGAUAUUGCUCGAUUAGUGAAUAUUCUGAUUGAAUAUGGUCUCACGUUUACGCAAGAAAAAUGCCUUGACGGAAGUUACGACUACAAACUUGAUCCUAACAUAUUUGAAGUUGGUAUUUUUCCUGAAUGUAAACAUCACCGUAUGUUAACAUACGCCGUGAAACAAAUAAUUAUUCAAGAAUUGGAAGCUGAACGGUUACGGCGAUCUGUAAAUGUAAUAAAUAACACAAAAAAUGUCACGCAGAAAAAAGACGAUGGUAAUACAAAAAAUGAUACCGAAACAAAAUCAACUGAAUCAAAAAUUCAUACAAAGCCAAAGGAAAAAGAAUCGAUAGACAAUACCAAAACGUCCAACAUACUUAAUUCUAGUGAAAAUUCUGAAACAAAAAAACCGGAAGUAAAAGAACUUGUAUAUAAAGAUUUUUUUGGAAGAGUUAUUACGGUAAAUGAAAAUAAAAAAUCGGGAAAUGAAAUCGAUGAUUCGCGUGACUUUUUAACAAAACAUGGCGUGUGGUAUAAAUAUAAAGAAGGAUUCAGCAAUGCUGUUCGUCGAAGAGUACUGAUGGAAGACCUUUUUUAAAUUGUAGCAUAUUUCUACAUAAAAUUUGAUAAUAAAUUUAUUUAUUGUAAUAAAAAAAUUUGUUUACUUGUAUUGAAUACUAACAUUAUAAAAGGUAGACAAUGUGUUUCAUU